UAUUGCUUUAGAAACUAAGAUUAAAUACAUUUAAAGAGAAGAUGUCAGAAAAGAUCUAUGGAGAGCCAGAUUCUGAGAGAAGCCAGAGUGAAGCACUUUAUAGAGUCUGUGAUUCCCUAUGAAAACCCAAAUGGACAUGAUUUUCUCUUCUACCGGGGAAGGAUGUAGCAGACUAGGGCAAAACAAGAGGAAUGCAAAAUCACUCAGAGAGCUUAACUUUCCAACAAACCCAAAGGUAAUGGAGCAUUCCAACAAGCUGGAAAAUUGUGAAUGUUCAGAGGUAGCAGGUCAUGCCAGUCAUCAUCUUGGUCCUGCUGAAGCAUCAGGUUGGAGACAACAAGAGAGAUCUCAGAGAGAAAUAAGACCAUCUGUUACCAGAGUAUCUUUUAAUCAUUUAGCUCCCAGCAAACACUGGGGUUCUUCACCGACAAAGGAACUAAUGUGUCCAUCCUUUGGAGAGGAAAAAAAUUGUCUAUAUUCACAAGAUUCCAGCACUUCUCCAUCUGCGAUGUUGUUUUUACUAAGAAACAUGAAUUCUACUGAAAGUGAGAGCUCAGUAAGCAGCAGUGAUGAAAGUGAGGGGCCAGAUCAUGUUACAGUAUCUGAGGUGCUAGAGAUUGUAAGAGAUUCAGAUACAAUUGAUAACAAACGCUCAGAAAGCAGUAGCGAUGAGAUUGAAAUGCCUAGGCAAGCUACUGCAUAUAAAAUAAUUCCAGUGUUAAAAGAAAGCAACACUGCUGAAAGUGAGAGCUCAAAAAGCAGCAGCGAUGAAAGUGAGGAACCAAACUGUUCUGCAGUGUCUGAGGUCUUAAGUAUGCUUAGAAACACAACAUCCUCUGAAAGUGAGGUAUCAGAAAGCAGCAGUGGUGAGAGUGAAGGGCCAAGUCAUUCUACUGCAUGUGAAGUAAUGUCACUGCGAAGAGUCCGGAGUUAUGGGCAAAGUGAAAGUUCAAGCAGCAGUGAUGAAAGUGAGGGCCCAGAUAGUGCUGCAUUGUCCCAAGUUUUGUGUAAGCUCAGAAACACAGAGUCAUCCGAAAGUGAGAGCUCAGAUAGUAGCAGUGAUGACAGUGAGGGGGUAGAUCAUGCUACAGCUUCUGAGGAGUUUGGCAUGUCAAGAGAGAGAGAUUCCUCGGGAAGUUGGAAUUCUGAAGGCAACAAUGAUGAGUAUGAAGAACCAGGACAUGUUACUAUUACUACUGUGUCUGAAGUUCUGGGAAUGGUACGAAAUGUGGAUUUUUCAGAGAGUGAAUGCUCAGAAACCAGCAGUGAUGAGAGUGAGGAAGCAGAUGCUGCUCUUGUUUCUGUAUCUGAGGUGGUGGGAAUAGUCAGAGACACUGGCUCUUUUGAAAGUGAGAGCCCAGAAAGCAGUGAUGAGAGUGAAGGAUUUGAUCAUGUUGGUGAAGUAUACAGGUCUCAGUUUAUGAAUAUAGAAGAUUGUUAUCCCCAAGGUCUGUCUCAAAGACAACUGGACAAGUUGUCAACAAAGACUUUUCAUGAAAAUAAUUCUGUCACCACUUGUAGCGUCUGUCUGGCCGCAUUCAUUGAGGGAGACAUACUUCGCAAUCUUCCAUGUUCUCAUGAAUUUCACAUGAACUGCUCUGACCAAUGGCUUUCUAAAAAUUCAACAUGCCCAAUUUGUCGUGCAAAUGUGCUGCCGUGAUUCAUGUUAUGAGACUAGCCAAACAGAGUAGUUCCAAUAUGGUAAAAUGCUACUGCUGCUGCUGCUACUU